CUCUAAGAUACUUUUUAUCAGCAAAGAAAUGAAAGACAAGCUAGAGUUCCACAUCAAACACAAGAAAAUUCAACACCUCUUGGGCCUGCCUCGGGUGGGGCAGAGAUCUCUUAAUGCUGUCAUUCCAGCACCAAAGACUGACCACACUAGGAUUUACCCUAAGCUGAAAUAUGACAUUGAGGUGAAGACAAGCAACUUUCCAUUUUUAAUUGAUGAACAGAAAGAGUCUUUAGAGGGCAAUGUGAAGAAAAAGAAAGCACACAAACAUUUUGAAAUUAUUUUGUCCCAAAACCGACAGCAAAACAGACUGGGCGUGGUUAAUCUCUACUCAGACUCCCUGGAGAUGAAGACAGCUGAUGAAAACCCAUUCCACCAGGAGGUACGGAGAAGAGUAGAGUCUCUUUUGAAGAAGAAAGUCAUUAAAAAGCAGUUGGCUGAUGGUGAGCUUGCUUUGACUUGGACAAAAGACUUUACGGGGGAAGCCAGUCUGUGUCAACAGAGUAAUAGGAUGAACAAGGGAAAUGAGAUGAACUAUACCACUGAAACCGAUUCCCAGCCUCUGCUUGCUGGUCAACAACUUCAGGGGGAAAUGGGCCAAAAAACAAUAACAUCACUGGAACAACAUACAGAGGAAAAUCAUCUCUCUAUAAAAACAAGUGUGUCUGAUAAUUCUUCUACUGUGAAACGUGUAUGUAGCAAUGUUCCUGUUGUCACAGAGACAGCUACUCAACUUGUGUUGGAAGAUGGUACAGCUGAGCCCAGCAACAAGUUUGAAACUACACUGGCAAGCAAGUGCCUGGAAAUCAGAUUGUCCAAUCCACAGAGAAGUGCUAUGCCCGGAGUGAAACAUGUUUUAUUCAUGGAAAAGGCAUCUAGUAAACCUCUUGAGAUGAACCUGAAACAGAAACGUUUAGCAAGUGCUUUGGGAGUGCCCACCAUUUUCAGCAAGUCCUUGGAAAUGAUCCCACCUGAAGAAACUUGUCAGGCUAAGGACGUUAAAUCAUUAGACUCAGAACGGGGGUUGAAAUGCUUUAAGACACUUUCCAUCAGCAAAAAUAUGAAAGAUAAGCUAGAGGUUCACAUCGAACACAAGAACAUUCAACACCUCGUGUCUGCUUCAGUGGGGACAACAACCAAUACAACCAUGUCAACUCUCACACCCUGCAUCAAGCCAUCCUGAACAAAGACAAUUAUACGUUCCUCAACAGUUGUCUUACAGAAAAGUGUUCAUUUCAACCAAAAUAUUAAAUAUGGCAAUUAAGUGAGCAAUAAUC